GUGACCCGGAUGUCGCGCAUGUGCGGUGGCUUUCGGACGUGUCGGAGUACGAGCGGACGGAGUUGCGGCAUCAAGGCGACGGUGACGACGGUCGUCACUCGGCGCUCGGGUUCCCCCUCCCCCGCGCCGCCGGCCUGAGGGUGGGGGGCGGAGGCCUGGCUCGCUCUGCAGCACCGGGGCCGGCUGAGGCGAGAGUAAGCUCAUCCUCGCAGCCAUCGCCACCCCUCAUCCCAGCCACAGGCCGCGCCAGGAGAGCGGCCGCUCCGCCGCCGCCCGCGGCCCAGGUUUUACCAAGAGACAGUACAUCUAACACUUAACUUGGAUCAUCUCUUGUUCAUCAACUUGAAAAUCAUAACAGCCCCCAAAACUGACAUUUGAUUUGAAAGAAAAAGCUGUGACAAAUGGACAAUAUGUCUAUUACUAACACGCCAACUAGUAAUGAUGCUUGUCUGAGCAUUGUUCACAGCUUGAUGUGCCAUCGACAAGGUGGAGAGAGUGAAACUUUUGCAAAACGUGCAAUUGAAAGUUUAGUUAAAAAGCUAAAGGAGAAAAAAGAUGAAUUGGAUUCUUUGAUUACAGCUAUAACCACAAACGGAGCUCAUCCUAGCAAGUGUGUUACAAUACAGAGAACGCUGGAUGGGAGGCUUCAGGUGGCUGGUCGCAAGGGAUUCCCUCAUGUGAUUUAUGCUCGUCUUUGGAGGUGGCCUGAUCUUCAUAAAAAUGAACUCAAGCAUGUUAAAUAUUGUCAGUAUGCUUUUGACUUAAAGUGUGACAGUGUCUGUGUAAAUCCUUACCAUUAUGAGCGUGUAGUAUCGCCUGGCAUUGAUCUAUCGGGACUGACACUACAGAGUUCUGCUCCAUCAAGUAUGUUGGUGAAAGAUGAAUAUGUUCAUGACUAUGAGGGGCAGCCAUCAUUGUCUUCUGCUGAAGGCCAUUCAGUCCAAACCAUCCAGCAUCCACCAAGUAACAGGGCAUCUACAGAGCCUUAUAGCACCCCAGCCAUGUUAGCUCCUACUGAGGCUAACACUACCAGCACCACUAAUUUUCCCAACAUUCCUGUGGCUUCAACAAGUCAACCUCCCAGUAUAUUGACAGGUAGCCAUAGUGAUGGACUCUUACAGAUUGCUUCAGGGCCCCAGCCAGGAACUCAGCAGAAUGGGUUUACAGCUCAGCCAGCUACUUACCAUCACAAUAGUACUACAACUUGGACUGGAAGUCGGACAGCAGCCUACACACCUACCAUAUCUCACCACCAGAAUGGCCAUCUUCAGCAUCAUCCACCUAUGCAUCCUGGGCAUUACUGGCCAGUUCACAAUGAACUUGCAUUCCAGCCUCCGAUAUCAAAUCAUCCUGCUCCAGAAUAUUGGUGCUCAAUCGCAUAUUUUGAAAUGGAUGUGCAAGUCGGGGAAACAUUUAAGGUCCCUUCAAGCUGUCCAAUUGUUACUGUUGAUGGAUAUGUGGAUCCUUCUGGAGGAGACCGUUUUUGCCUGGGCCAGCUUUCCAACGUGCAUAGAACAGAAGCCAUUGAGAGGGCAAGGUUGCAUAUAGGUAAAGGGGUGCAGUUGGAGUGCAAAGGAGAAGGUGAUGUGUGGGUUAGAUGCCUCAGUGACCAUGCAGUCUUCGUUCAGAGUUACUACCUGGAUAGAGAAGCAGGGCGUGCACCAGGGGAUGCAGUUCACAAGAUUUACCCAAGUGCAUAUAUAAAGGUGUUUGAUUUACGCCAGUGUCACCGUCAGAUGCAACAGCAGGCUGCCACGGCCCAAGCUGCUGCUGCUGCUCAAGCUGCAGCAGUAGCAGGAAACAUCCCCGGACCAGGAUCAGUAGGUGGAAUAGCUCCAGCCAUUAGUUUGUCAGCUGCUGCUGGAAUUGGUGUAGAUGACCUUCGACGCUUAUGCAUACUCAGGAUGAGUUUUGUAAAAGGUUGGGGACCUGAUUACCCAAGGCAGAGCAUCAAAGAGACACCAUGCUGGAUUGAAAUUCACUUACACCGUGCCCUCCAGCUUCUAGAUGAAGUACUUCAUACCAUGCCUAUUGCAGACCCACAGCCUUUAGACUGAGAUCCCUCUGCUGCAGGCCAUUAUAUUGUGAGGAUGAUGGAUUGUAAAAUACAGUACUGUUUAUAACCUGAAGAUAUAUUUUACUUUUGUUCUACUUAAUCUUCUCUAAACCCAGGUUUUAAAAAUGUGUUUGCCAUCUUGCUCUAAGCAGAAAAAAAUUAAACAUGCAGAAUUUGGAUUUCAGUUAUUUUCAGAACUUGUCAUAAUACAAGGCUUAAAGUGAAAUGUAAAUGCCUUACAGAGACUUUACAGAAUUGGGUUUGUUCCCUUUGAAACUUUCUUUCUCUAUUAUGGCAUCUUCAUGAUAAGUCUCACAGGAGCCUUUUGUAUGCAGAAUACAUAUUAUAUAUAUAUUUAUAUCUUGAAAUUUCUUCUACUAGUUACAAACAUUUACCUUGUCGCAACUUUAAAGUUCCAGCUGAUUUGUGAUGUUCUUUUUAGGGAGCAAUAGUUAACAGAAGACUUCUUUAUUUUGUUGACAAUCUUGUUAUGAUUUUUCCAGAUUAAAACGUAGAAGCUGCCAAAAAGCGAGGGGAUAAGACAUAUGUUGUUGACACUGAUUAAAAAUAGCAAGGAAAAUAAAUGUGGCUUUUCCUUCACUAGUUUUUUAAAAAUAUAUAUCUUAGAUUUUUAUUUAUAUAGACAGAUGAAUUUUAAAACACUAAAGGAAAUGGAUACUUUUAGUGCUGGCACUCAAAUAACAUGAAAUACCUAGUCUGCAAAGUUGCCACUGAAAUUGCAUAACAAGCACCUAAUGGCAGGAACAUAUUUUCAUAAUUACUACUGACUUCUAUGAUUUUACUCCACUAAAAUUUGGCAGAUAUUUUAAAGAAGUUACAUGACUCUUUUUACUUGCAUAUACCAUUAAAUCAUGUAUAAUAUUGCAUCAAUAUUUAGGAUUCAGUUUUUGUAUCUGUUCACCAUUUCCACUCAGGGCAAGAUGGCAAACUUGUUUUUAUAGCUCUUCAUUAUUUUAAGCCCUAUGCCAUCAAUGACUGUAUCAAUUGGCAAUGAGUUUGUAUAGAGAAUUUAUAGUAAAAAAACCUGCAAAUGUAUUGACUGUAUGACAGAUACAAUGUGUAUGCUUUCUCUCUAGCUAACUGUAUAAAUAAAAUUAUGAAAAGCCUGAUUUUUAUAAAUUUAGUUUGCUUAUAUAAUGUAAUUCUGCAUCUUGAAACCAUUGAUCUUGAGCAAUGGAUUCCUUUCCUUUGCAAAAUCUGCAGCAGCCAAUAGUGGUAGGAAUUUUUGUUGGUUUAAAUUUGCCAGGAACAAGUCCAAAUUUUCUUACUUCCACUGCUUCUCAAUAAAAGCAUGGCCUGAGGAUAUAUAUUUUUGACUGUUUGAUGGGGUAUGGAGAGAGAGCAGGACUUCCUUUUUCAGCAUGUGUGUAGGGAGUUGGAGCUUAAUUAAACAGGCUUAGAAGGUCAUACACUGAAGUCCUUCAAGUGCUGCAGGUUCAGUCUGCCUGCUGAGCUGACCUGGAAGCACAGCUGGAGUGGUUAACAGAAGUAGAAUUCUUGGAAGAGAUUACUGAAAAGCUUUUGGACAAGUUUCUUGCAUAGUUUCAGGAAUCUGUAGAGGGCUGUGACACACAGUGUUUAGAAUUGCUGGAAUUCUUAUUAAGUCAGCAGUCAUUGUUUCUCUUAGGUGUGGAAGUACAGAAGACAGAUGGCCUAAGAGUGAUGGCCAGAAAUGGAUCCAUUUUCUCUGUAUUUUCACUAACAGUGCUGUCUUCUUCAGACUAAUUUCUAAUGAGAUCACUUUUCAUUUAUGUGGCAACUUCUUGAUGUAUGGAAAAAUAGUGUUUGCUUUUCUCAAGGCCUUUAGUUUAAAACCUUUUUCAUUUUGCUUUCUCUCCCAAGGGAUCUAUUUUGUCUGCAUAGCAAGCUGCUUCAGAAGUCUUGAGGAACACUCUCAGUAGAGGAUUCAGACCACAUCCUCAGAGAAGCUUAUUAACCAGCAGCUUGGUUAUGCUUCAUCCACAACAGAAACCUUGAUUCAGGGGAAGAAAUUCAAAGCCUGACUACGUAUUUUUCUUGCCAGCCUCCCUAUUAGAUUGUGUGCUCUGCAUUUACUGCUGGGUUCAAGGUGCCUCGGUGUUUGAAAAGUAUGUAACCUUGUCUUGGUUUAGAAAGACAGGUGUCUGCCAGUGAAAGCUGGAGCUCCCCUUGGAAUGGAGAAUGUAAACCCCCUCCCUCCAAAUUAUUAUAAUUUUGCAAUUAGGGGCUUUCAGGAAAAGACAUGGGAAUAGGAAUAACAAUUCUUUGCUAGUAUGUAUAACAAAGCAAAACAAACAACAACUACAGCAUUAACAACAAAACAGAAACAGGAACAUCGAGGGCUUCGCUUCACAAAUCCUGAGGCAGUUUGCUCUCGGUGCCCCUGCAGGACUCAGAGCACCAACCAGGAAUGGUGGAAAAUCCCAGGCUGGUAGCUGGAACGUCAGGAUGUCCCCGGAAGGCCAGGGACGGGAUGUCCCCGGCAGGGCGGGGGGAAGGGAGGUAUGCGGUGCCACGCUAGCAAAAAAGAGCAGUCAGAAGCUGCGACGGCGGGACAGAGCUGGCCCAGCGCCAACAGGGCAGGAGGAGGAGCUCAGAAUUCCUGGGCACAUGAGCAGAUGGUGGUAGAUUUCCCAGGACUGGACUUGGUGGUGACAGUGAACUCCUCUCGCAGCAAACAAACAGCCUGGCCAUCCUCCCUCCGAUGCUGAGAGCAAGACAGUGUAGCUGCCUCCAGCCCCGUCCUUUACCUGCCCCAAAAACUCGCCUGAUCUUCCCCAGUCCCGAAUUUUGGCCACCUCUUUCCUUUGGUCAAGCACCCAUAAGUACCCAGUAGUUAGUCUCCUAGCAACUUAUGGGAAAAAUUCCAUAAGAAAAAAAGAGACAAAUCUAACCCCCAACAAACCUGACUGAUUAAUUGCUUAUAACAGGCUGUUCAUUUGAUUAGGAGUCCAUGAGCUUACUCCCUAUUUAACUUUGUGGCUUUGCAAGGUAUUUUUCUUGGUGGAUGACUCAUCUGUAUAUGACUACUUCACAGACAGCUUUCUGUACUAGUUGCUUCUGCUUUGAUUGUGCCAAACUUUGAUAGAAUAGUGAAAGACUGCUUCCACCUGUUGGUGUAUUGGCCUGUACUAUGGUCUGAAAAAAUUCAACUUUUAAGAUUAGUUUUCUUUGCAGAUGUUUUGUAAGUCUCCCUAAGUCUGCACCUACAGUGUAGUAUUUAGAUGGCCCAAAAUGUUUGGAAUAGAACAAGAAAAUAAUGUCAGGUGAGUUUAUCAGAAACAAGAAAUUGCAGGCUCCACGUCAGGAGAAAUCUGAGCAUUGUGUGAGAGUACAAAUACUGAAAAGGCAUUCAUCUUCUCCACCAGGCAGUUUCUGAUAAGAUGCUGUUGUAACUGUUAAAGGUAAAAAAGAGAAUCUCAUUCUUAUUUCUUAAUAUGCAUUUAACCUAAUUUUUUGUAUUUUUAUGACAAGGCAUAAAAGGCAGUGCAUAAUGGAUUAAAAACCCUUCAGUGGCAGCACACUGAAUCUUUGAGUCUUGCAUUUAUGUCUUUUUCUGAAAGCUGAAGAAGAGCUACAGCUACUUGAUAGCCAUAAUGACCCCUAUACAUGCAGCAGGCAGGAAUGUCAAGGAUGCCAAAAUCACAUCUCCUUCAGCUCUGAAUGUUUCAAAUUCAACAAGUAUUUUUUCAGCUAGCAAUCUCCUGCUUGCAGUCCUGUUCCCAUGUCUGCUCUGCUUAGUUCUUUCAAUGAAGUAAUUACCUCUGUGUUUCUCACCCUUGAUUAUGUGGUCCUCAAAAAACACAUUGUGCUGGAAUACUGUGUAAUUUCAACUUCAUAUACUGGUGAGCUGGGAUUAACACCAGGAGGUUUAGAUUGCUUUAUCUGUGUUACUGUUAGUUUUGAAAGCGAGGGCAUUUAAGGUUAACAUGGUAGAGAUGUAGGAGAGAAAAGCUUUUCUCUGGAAUGGUUUAAAAAUACUUAAGUCUACAGGAAUCCCUAGGAAGGAGCCAUAACUGCUAAACAGUGGUGGUUGAAAGUGUUCCUUUCAUCACUUUUCUGGGCUUAAUGAGAAUGAUGUGCUCAGAGACCUGGAGCCCCUGGCUGUGAUAUAAACCACUUCAUUUACAGCUCUGGCCUACUGAAGACCUGGGAAGUAUCCUUCUGCUUUCUAGAGAGGGACCUACACUGCAAACAAGGCAAUGGUCUCCCCCAGUCACCAAACAGGUCUGUAGCAGCAGUAGUCAUCGAACCUGUGUCCAACUCCUGUGCCUUACCUUUGAAACCAUCUUGUCAUAACACUUCUGAUGACAGCAUUCUCUCUGUGUGGCUCAAGAACAACUGCCUCUGUUCUUUUACUAGGAACCAUUACAAAAUUCAUAUACCAGUGUAUAUAAAAGGGGCUUCUGCCUUUAAACCCUUCAGAUGUUAUGUCUUGAUAGUGGUCUUUAUUGAGGCAUCUUUAAUCUCUUCUUUGAAGAGUAAGUGCUUUAGAAAGGACUGUCUCCUCAAUUUACAUUUUUACUCUUACACAGAGUGACUGGGUUUGCUGGUCACUUUAAUGCAACCAGUUAAAGACAGCCACGUGGAUAUUCAUCUAAGUGGGAUUCAGACUUCAUUUAAGAAAUCCUCUUUCAUCCCCCUGACUUAUUAAAGAAAUAUGGGUAUUGAUCUAGUAUCAAUACCCAACUAUGACGGAAAAAACUCUCUAACAGUUUAAAGUUAGAAAGUGUAUGUUUAUUACAGCCGGGCAGCAUGGUGGGAUAUUUCCCUAAUUCGAACUGCGAAAUUCACAGGUAAUUACAAAGCUUUUUAUUUACAAAAGUGUUGAAUACCCAAAAUACAAAUGCAUAUUCAUACCCCUGUCACCUCCCAUUCCUUGCUUCAUAUGCUAAUUGGCAAAAAGGCUAUUAAGCAUGCGUACUUUGUUUCCUAAAAUGAGUCGGGGGUCUAUUCUGGGGAGGGGUCACCCAAAAUGAGGAAGUAAGAUGAGUCUUCCUCUCUUGGAGUCCAGGGCAUUCCUUUGGCUGCCCUGGAGGGUCAGAGACCUGGACAGGGGGGUCUGGGACCCUGGCCCAGAGCUCAGAGGGACAUUGGCUUUAAUCUCAGUCCAUGGGAAAGGCUUCCUGCACUGCGGGAAGGAUUGCAAGCCACAAGAGUGUGAAAGAUAGUAGUUUAGCUUAUCACAGGGUGAAAAAACAGUAGAUUUGGGUUUUUAGUAUUGAAGUGAAUGGGGGCAAGAUGGAGGAUUUGGGGCGUUGUCUCCUGCUUCUUCUUUCUUCUUCCCUCACUCCAUUUUCUGCAGUGACGGUGGCACAAAGUAGUUUAAAGAGAUUGGGUCAAAGUAGGGAUGACCUUUUUAGUAUAAGUGAUAGGUAUUGGCAAAUAAUGAUAAAUAAAGAAUAUGUAGCAAUUAGUAUAAAAGAUAGGGACAGCCCCACGCGGGAGGAGUCGAGGAGUCACCAGAUGCCCGAGCAGCUGCACAGACCUUUGUUGGGCACUGAGAAAUUUGUAAGAUAAGAAACAAUAAACAAAGCGUGCAACCUUGAAAAAUCAGAACCUGAAGACUCCGUCUCUUUCUUGCGUUUGGUUCAGAGCUUUGCAGAGUGCAAAAAGACUCUAAAACCACCUGAAUCUCAGAGAAAAAAACCGAGAUUCCUCAUCCUGACCUUUCUACCUUUUCAAUGCAUUCAUGACAAAUGAAUCUUUGGUACAACUUACAGUUUCCUGUGUUCAAUGGGUCCUUUAAGCAGGAAAUCUGCAGCUAUCUUAUGUCCUAUUUACCACAUUUUGUUUUUUGUUACAAGCACAGCUACAUAAACAUAAAGCUGACAAGCAAUGAGUUACUAAAUCCGGGAUAUCUUAUCUAAGAUCCGGCUUCUGUUAACUGUGAACAAAGCUUGCCUAUCUACUUCAGCUAUUUCAGCAACUUAUUAUCUUAACUUUCCUAAAAAUCCCUAAUUCUUCAAAUUUAAUGUCUCACCUCCUCCUCUCAGGCUCCAUGCUAAUUAACACCUGCUCUAUAAAAUUCUAAGAUGCUUAGUUGUCAGGUAUUUUUAAGGAUGCAGUCUUGGAGAGGUUACCUUCUUUUGGUUCUUAAAAGACUUUAAAAGCUAUGGUCUGGCCUGGUCCUGCUGAUAACAGGAGUAUUUCCAUGACUGGUAUCAGGUUUUUGAGGACCAUGGCAUUGUUCUUGGGACUGAGAUUUGCAAGUUGCCUGUCAUAGGCAUGUGUGUCAACCAGCUUUGUGCUCAUGCUUCUAACCUCUGAUGCGGCUCAUUGGCACUUUGGUCCUGGACAGGGAAACAAAAAUGGAAAGUGCUUCUCCACCAGUCAUGUAGGAACUGGAUGCCAAACAUCUCCUUUUAUUGUGUCAUUCACUUUCAAAACACUCUUCUUGACUGUGUGUUUCUGAAAAUUAUCUAAGGCGUGUGACCAUGCUGACUCAAAGCUGCUGCAUAUGAUGCUGCUGAGGUCCCCAAGAACUGACUUGACUUUUCAGCAACAUGAAAGUUUCACUUGGUGAGACCUCGUGAAAGCAGAACUGUCAACAAUAUCUCAAGAGGUUUAGGCUUUCUUGGCUGCUGUUGAGCCUUUUGGGUGAUACAUCACUCCUAAAUUUGCAGGACUUGUAUAAGUUCACCAAAACCACAUAGCACUUUCUUGCUCCUGUACCUUUUUCUGUGUCUUUCUGGUGAAGUUUGGUAGCAGGACAAAGUGAUUCAGCUGGAUUGAGAGCUGCAAAGUACCCACAACCCAAAACCUGCUGUGAGAGGGGGUUUUUUGAGCAUGAAAGCCUAGUUAUGCAUUUCUUCUUUCAGCCAUUGCCUUUUGAUAAGUGGUCAACAGAAUUCCCGGUAGUUCCUUUGUA